AUUUUAUUUUCCGCAACAUGCGCUGUACAGUUCUGAUCGUUUUGAGCGUGUUUUUUAUUAUUCAAGUUUGUUCUAGAAGUUCUAAAGUUAGAAGAAUCAUAGGAGGUGUAGAUGCUGUUGAAGAAGAAUAUCCAUAUAUCGUGAGGUUGCAACAUAAACUGAUACUUUCUGGUGCAAUCAUCUUAAUAACAUAUACUCACACGUGCACAUCUGCGGUUUUAACCCCCACUUGGAGUCUAACAGCAGCCCACUGUCUUAUGAUGCCCGAGCGCCAUGGCUUGACAAAUAUCCAUGGCAUUCAAGUGUCAGUCACAUUAACACCUCUCAUCAUUUACGGCCCAAUUAGCAACAUGUCGUCAUUAAAAAUACUUUAUUACGUCAGUCAUCCAUCAUUCGUGAUAGGACUCGCCCAAGUAUCUAACGACAUAGGUCUAAUAAAGUCAGAACCCAUUCCAAUAAAGAUGUUUGCAAGAGUCGGUGGUUUAGAUUAUCUAUCGAUGAUUGGCAACCAGGCUACGCUGACUGGCUAUGGAAGGACAAAUUCUACAGUAGAACAAGAACAUGUAACUGCUGAUGCUACGACGCUGAUGAAGCCAUUACAGAAGCUAGAUGCAGUAAUGGUGCGUUGUAAAGAUAAUUUUGUCCGUUUAAAUCCAUCUAUAUGCGUGGCACGACGAUGUGGCAUCAUAUCAGCGGCGUGUCCGGGAGACUCCGGGGGACCUUUGCUUCAUGCAUCAGGUGUCAUCGGAGUCAACUCACUUGGUCCAAAAGAACUUCUAAAUUUCUGCUAUUUGAUAGAAACACCUCCGAUCUAUGAUAUUAUAUCGGUAACGCCAGUAAGUCCAUUCGUUGAUUGGAUUGCUUAUACUAUACAUAAUUCAGAUGAGAAUCACAAAACUGACAAUCCCCCGAGAUAGAAAAUGUUGGAGAAAGAAAUUGAUAUCACUAUACCUAGAUGACGACGACCAUGCACUAGGAGAAUGGAUCCGACUGGAGUCGAAAAUUGUUGCCAAGUAAUAAAAUUCUUAUGUAAUUAAGAAAAUUCUCUAUGUACGAAAUGUACUUGAAUAUUCAAAAUCGGAUCUUAUCUUCCAGCAAGUCAUAGUCUUCUACGGGGCAGUUUUGCAAGAUGCAAUUUUUUUUUGUUUACACAUGACAAUACUCCCUUAUGUACACAAGUACAUGGGUCUUAUUUGUGUUUAGAGCUUGAAAUCCAAUAGGAACAUUCUUGGGCAUGGCAGCAAGACAGCAGCAGAAUUGCUUACGAUUGACGAUUUCAAAUUGUGGGUUAAAAAAUGAAACCAAAAUUGAACGUCAACCUUUAUUGAAAUUGCAAAUA